UUACCAGAUGAUUUACUGGCGUCACUUGCUGAUGGUGUAGUACUUUGUCAUCUUAUUAAUAACAUCAGGAAAGGAAUGAUACCUAGCAUUCACAUUCCCUCAGCAGGCGUGGUGAGUGCAAUGGUAACUCAUAUUAGUGAAUGCUCUUGCGACAAAAGACUUUCUCCGAAUUCCAAAAACCGCCAUCUUUCUAAAUGAAAGUAGUCAUGUGUUAAACCUUUUAUUUUUUUGCAUAAGAACAGAAUAUCCUUUUGAUAUCCAAAGCUUCGUACUUUCCCUCGUUUGAAACAGAGUCUGGGAACAACUCAGAAAUGUUUUCAAGUGUUAAUUUGCAGAAAGGCUGAGUGCUGAUUGAGGCGCUGUGUAUUUUAAAUACACAUGAAUGGUCAUCUUAUUUCUUGUUGCUUUGCAGCCUAAACUAACAAUGCCUAAAUGUCAGAAAAAUGUGGAUUAUUUUCUUGAAGCUUGCAGAAAGCUUGGAGUUACCAAGGUAAACAAAACUGUCUUUUGACAGUGUAUAGAAAGCAAGUUUUAAAGAUACAACGGGUUCAGUUAGCCUGUAAUGCAGGUCAGCGCUCAGUGUUGUCGACAUCCUUGACUGAAAACGUAAGGAAAUUUAGGGGAGUUGAAAAUAGCAAUCCACGUGGAAGACCUUAUUAGGAUGACAGAGCGAAUUGAGGGGAGAGGGGUGGAGGAAGAAAAUACGGAUCAAUCUACCUACCCCUCCCCUAACCCAACAUUUUGCCUUAAGUGAGAAGUAAGUGUUAAUGUUGACUUAGGGAAGGGAUAGGUAUGCAGUUUCCCAGAAACCUAAAUUAAUCCGAAAAUGCUUCUUUCUCUCUACUUUGUCUCCAUUACUCCUUGUGGUUUUUGGAGGAGCUAACUUAAGAAUCUGCGCGCCCCAAGAAAGUGCACGUUUUGCGGGCUAAGAUGUGUUGGAACACUAGACUACUUAUUUGUUUACAAGUUAGUCUUGUUCUGAAUGGAACUGUCGCUACGGUUUAAUGGCAUAAGCAGCUCGUUUAGUAUAGCCAACAUCAUCCCUUCUUCAAUUUGCAGUAGAUUCGUGCGACUUUUGGGACCUCGUUUUCAUUUCAUUUUAAAAACUUAUCAAUAAAUCCACCGGGUAAAAACUAUUCCGAUAAAGUUUUAGUUCCCCUCGCUCCAAUGCACGUAUUCAGCCAAUGUGAGAAGUAUUUUCUUCUAACCCUUAUUUGAAUCAAAUGCGUGAGAUUUUCGUUUUGUCAUGAACGGGAUUUCCGAGAACGUCCCAGCGACUCCCAGAGAUUUCCGAAUGUUGUAGGAAAUUUCCCAAGAUGUUCCGUCACCGAAGCUAUUUAAAAUUUCUUACAUAAGGUGAUCCUGUCUUUGUUUUCUUUGUUAGGAUAAGCUCUGUACACCAUCCGACAUUCUGGAGGAGAAAAGUCCGCUUAGAGUUUGCCAGACUGUAGAAUCAUUAUUGGAACAUGUAGAUGGAGGAGUAUAG